AUGGCGUCCAACACAGAAGCGUCAGGAUGGUUCAGGGGUAAGGUGAAGGCUGUGACAUCUGGGGAUUGUCUACUGAUCAUGGGGAGCUCAAAGGCUGAGAUCCCACCUGAGAAGUCCAUCACCCUGUCCUACCUUAUGGCCCCAAGGCUGGCACGCCGUGGUGGAGUUGACGAGCCCUUUGCAUGGGAAAGCAGAGAGUUUCUGAGAAAACUUUGUAUAGGGAAGGAGGUCACAUUCAGAGUGGAUUAUACAGCCCCUAAUAUUGGACGAGAAUUUGGAACUGUUUAUCGAGGCGACAAGAAUGUUGCAUACUCAGUAGUUUCUGCUGGAUGGGCAAGGGUAAAGGAGCAAGGUCCCAAGGGGGGCGAACAAAACCCUUACCUUGCUGAGCUGUUGAGGUUGGAGGAAGUUGCCAAGCAACAGGGUGUUGGUCGUUGGAGCAAGGAUCCUGGUGCUGUUGAAGAGUCAAUAAGGGAUCUUCCACCAUCUGCAAUUGGUGAAGCAAGUGGUUUUGAUGCAAAGGGUUUUAUGUUGCAAAUAAAGGCAAGAAUAUAUGUUGCUGGAGUACAGGCUCCAUCAAUGGGGAGACGCCCAUCGGCACCUACUGUAAUUGCUGAAACCGAUGAUACUGCUAAUGGCGUGAACGGUGAAGAUUCUGAGGGAACACCUGCGCAACUGACUACAGCACAAAGACUUGUUGCUUCUGCAGCUUCUGCUCAAAUUCCACCAGAUAGGUAUGGAAGAGAAGCCAAGCACUUCACAGAGACUAGAGUUCUCAACAGAGAUGUGCGUAUUGUGGUGGAAGGCACAGACAGCUUUAGUAAUAUAAUUGGUUCUGUGUAUUACCCUGAUGGAGAGACUGCAAAGGACUUGGCCCUUGAGCUUGUCGAAAAUGGGCUUGCAAAGUAUGUUGAGUGGAGUGCUAAUAUGCUUGAUGUUGAAGUAAAAAUAAAGCUCAAGAACGCAGAACUUCAGGCUAAAAAGGAUCAAUUGAGAUUCUGGACAGGGUUUAAGCCACCGGUGACAAACUCGAAGCCCAUUCAUGACCAGAAAUUUACUGGAAAAGUGGUAGAGGUUGUAAGUGGGGAUUGUAUUAUUGUGGCUGAUGAUGCUGCUCCAUAUGGCAGUCCUUCAGCUGAACGUCGGACUGAUGGGGAUGACAUAUCUUCUGCUCCGAGCUCUGCCAGCCAGCCUGGAGUUAAUGUUGCUGAGCUUUUGCUCUCACGAGGUUUUGCUAAAACAUCUAAACACAGGGAUUAUGAGGAAAGGUCGCACUAUUAUGAUGCUUUGUUAGCAGCUGAAUCACGGGCUGAGAAAGCAAAGAAAGGAGUGCAUUCUCUAAAAGAAUCUCCUGUGAUGCAUAUAACAGAUUUAACAACAGUAUCUGCAAAGAAGGCCAAAGAUUUCCUUCCAUUCUUGCAGCGGAACAGAAGGCAUUCGGCCAUCGUUGAAUAUGUUUUUAGUGGCCAUCGAUUCAAACUAACAAUUCCUAAGGAGACUUGCAGUAUUGCCUUCUCAUUAUCUGGUGUUCGUUGUCCUGGUAAAGGCGAGCCAUACUCAGAUGAAGCUAUUGCUUUGAUGAGGAGAAGGAUACUACAACGUGAUGUGGAGAUAGAGGUUGAAGCAGUUGAUAGGACAGGAACAUUCAUAGGUUCGUUGUGGGAGUCCAAGACCAACAUGGGCUCUGUACUUCUGGAAGCUGGGCUUGCCAAGCUGAGUUCAUUUGGCUUGGAUAGGAUCACAGAUGCUUAUGUCCUAACAAGAGCUGAACAGUCUGCAAAGCAACAAAAGAUUAAGUUUUAUGUUCAGACAGUGGGUGACCAGAGGGUGGCUUCAAUUCAACAGCAGAUUGCAUCUUUGAAACUUAAAGAUGCGCCAGUCAUUGGUGCUUUUAAUCCUGUGAAGGGAGAGAUAGUCCUCGCACAAUUUAGCCUUGACAACUCCUGGAACAGAGCUAUGAUUGUUAAUGGACCUCGUUCUGUAGAAUCUCCGAACGACAAGUUUGAAGUAUUCUAUAUUGACUAUGGCAACCAAGAGGUGGUUCCCUACAGUCGUCUACGGCCUGUGGACCCAUCUGUUUCCUCGUCUCCUGCUCUUGCUCAGCUAUGCAGCCUUGCUUUCAUAAAAGUGCCCAGUGUUGAGGAUGACUUUGGUCAGGAAGCAGCAGAGUAUCUAAGCGAAUGUUUGCUGAGUAGCUCAAAGCAAUUUCGGGCAAUGAUCGAAGAACGUGAUGCUUCUGGGGGAAAAUCAAAAGGACAAGGAACCGGAAAUGUUCUCAUUGUUACUCUUGUUGAUGCGGAGACAGAAAGUAGCAUAAAUGCUACCAUGCUUGAGGAAGGGCUUGCCCGGCUUGAAAGAAGCAAGAGAUGGGACACUAGGGAGAGGAAGACAGCUCUCCAGAACCUGGAACAGUUCCAGGAGAAGGCAAAGAAGGAAAGGCUGCGGAUCUGGCAGUACGGGGAUGUUGAAUCGGACGAUGACGAGCAGGCCCCAGCUGCAAGGAAGCCUGGAGGUCGUCGGUAG